AUGGAUCGUAAGGACCAGGGCGCUGGUGCUCCAACAAAAGACCCUCCAGCUAACUUUCAACCAAAACCUCUAAGCAAUAGUGAUAGCAAGCAAGGUGUACGAUUACCAGCAAAACGCCGCUCGUACUCUUGCGGUCCAUGCAAAACUCACAAGACAAAAUGCGAUCAAAGUGUCCCAUGCUCUUCAUGUUGUCGAUACCGCCGAGAAGAUCAAUGCCUCAAAGACCCGGCAACACCUUCUGUGACUCGUCCUGUAGUACGGUCCGACAAAGGUUACCGCCAGAUAGAGAUUUCACGCUUUCAACCAGCUAUAGUCACCGCAAGUAAUAAUAAAAUUACAUCGUCAUCUUCAAGCACUAUGACUACAACUUCUACUACCGCUAGUAGCCGCAUUACAAAACCAAUCUUGAAAACACUAUCGACACAAUCAACAGCACGUAUUCUUCAGCUAGAGGCUCGGGUCCGUGAGCUGGAAUCUUUGCUGGCCAAACCAGAUAGGCCCUCUAGUCGGUCGACCCCAGCUGAGCUUGCCAACGACUCUCCCAAAGAUUUCAUAGACAAAUUGUGGCAAAGUGAAGAAGAUAUUCGGAUCUUACUACUACGCCUGCUGCCUCCCCGAAGUCACUGCGAGACAUAUGUUAAAUACUAUUUUGAGCAUGUUGACUACAUUUACCAUCCAUUGCAUAACCGCACUUUCUUGCGUGAACUUAAAUGUUUUUGGAGCCAACCUGCAGAUACCAUUGAUCUUACAUGGGUGGCAAUCCUUUUUAUGGUAAUUUCGUUAGCCGCUCUACAUCUCCCCAAAGCCUUGGCCAAACAACUUAAUGUAGCCGAUGAGACCAUAUCACACGCAGCAGCAAUAUGGUUUCGGGCGUCCCGAAAGGCUCUCCAAACAAACCGAUACGAUGAGAAGCCGACGUUCCGACAAUUGCAAGUUUUUUCUCUAACACAGUUGUAUCUUUACGCAACUAACCAAAUCGAGCUUCUCAAUUCAUUGUUGGCUGAAGCUGUGCGCCACGCACAGUUUCUUGGACUGCACCUGGGAAUCGAAGGCCGGUCGCCAAUAGAAACGGAGCUCCGAAGACAUAUUUGGUGGGAUAUCUGUGGCUGUGAUACUUUUCAGUCCUUGUGUUUAGGCAGACCUACGCUAGUCAAAUCUUGCGAGUCAACUGUACCAUUCCCAAGAAAUCUAAAUGAAGAGGAUGUCGAAAAAAAUGUUCCAGAAUCCCCCCGUGAGAUUCCAACAAUAAUGUCCUUUCAGAUUGAACGACAUCGAGUUAUGAAAAUUCUUAACCGAUUGUGUCCCAAUACUAAUAAUAGUCCACCAUCUUAUGAAGCAGUGUUAGAUACGGACCGCGAAUUAUGCGAGUACGCACAAGGUCUGCCGUGGUUUUUCCAGCCUGCCCCUGAUCCGUCACAGUAUUCGGCUCUUUUGGCCAAAAUGCCUACGAUUGGUUUCCAGCACCAUGUUCUCCACACGUGCAACUGCAUGCAUCGCGUGCGCAUUCACCAGCCAUUCUUGCACCCACGCGUGCCCACAUCCUGGGCUGCAUGUCAUUCAGCGGUCAAGGCCAUGUUUCUUGUGUACCGGAGGCUCUGUGCAUCAUUUCCUGGGGGGGUAUCUGGAAGUUAUUCAUUUAUCCCCCAGAUUCAUCAAUCAUUUUCUGCUGCUGUGGCCCAAGGGUUAUUUUUGUUAGUAGAAAAACCUCCUGACUCAGAUGCUAUUUGUGGUGAUGUGGAAACUUUUGUUACAGAUCUUUACCGUUUGCUAGAAACUUUUUAUGUGGAUAUUCCUAUACUUACCACUGGUAUCAAAACUAUUCGCCAGAUCCGUGAUGCAAUGUCAGUUGAUGGGAAACGGCAGCGUGAACCUUCACCGACAAUUGUAUCUGAGGUUUAUUCUGUGUUUGGUGGUAGAAAGAAUACGGAGAAGUAUUUGGCGCGGUGCACCAUUGACUUUUUAGUGAAUGAUAGUGAUAUGGACAAGCAGCAGCAGCAGCAGCAACAACAACUACAACAACAACAAGAGGAUACAGCUGGCUCUGUGGCCUAUCAACCGUCGCCUACAGGGUCGUCAGUAUCGUCUAUGUCGGUUGGUUCGGUUGUGUCGUCUAUGACGUCAGCAUCUCCGUCGUCGUCGUCGAUGUUUGAUGUCCAAAGUAUGUGGUCGUUGCCAGGAGCUGAUGUCGUGGAGGAAUCAUUAAAGAUAGUUCAUGAGCAGCAUCAACAUUAUCAUCAAAAUAACCAACAGUUGAUGAGACAUGAUUCUGUAGGACUGGUUGCUGGUGUUUCUUCAGGAGUGAGUCUAGGACCAAUACCGGUUAUGGGCGGGUCCCAGGCCGUGUCUCCUGGAGGAGGAGGAGGAGAAGGAGGAGGCUGGACCCCUGGAGUUCAAUCAAUUUCAGGAAUUAAUGUGCCUAUGACUCCUGGUCGACCUCAGAUUGAUUUCUUGCGAUGGGAUCUGAAUGGGUUUGGUGAGUUGGUGAAUUUGGUAGAUAAAUAA